AGAUAACAGUAAUACAAAGACAGCAGAGAUAUCUCAUGUUUCUGGAAUAUGUGGAGUUUUAGGUUCCGAGUAAGCCAUACUUUAGUAUGAACCGUAAAUAGACGGAUAAAGGUUCAGUGCAAGAUCAAAUUCGUGCGUAGUACAUACAAGUGCAUGGAGACAGGCCGAGUAAUCUGAAAAAAGUCGAAAUUAGCGCGCGGUGAAGGGCAAUACACGAAUGAUUUUCUCCAGGUAGUUUAAAAAUGGCGACUGACAGGUACGCGUUUCCUCGCGUGCUCGGUGCCGCGAUAAGGCCAGAAGCGAUGUGAUUUAUGUGAAUCUACAGCCGGGAGGUUCGCUCAGCCUCUUCGAUCGAAUUCUAUCCAGUGAAAACGUUGCAUCCGAUAAAUCAGGGAAAUUAUGUUACGAUUUUGACGAUCAAUACGGUGACUUUCUCUCGGCUACGUCGUACUCGCGAGUUCCAGCUCGACUCAACUCAACCCGACACGACUAAAUUUUCAGCAUUCCUCUCGGCGGUUUUCCGAGCUAACGAAAAACGAAAGAAAAAAUCGAACGAAUGAACGAACGCGCGAACUACCGCAUUCCGUUGGGUCGUGAACGAAUAAGUGAACGAACAAACGAUCGUCUGCCGAUGUUUUUGAAUCUAAAAGAGCAAAUCUUGAUAUUAUAUCAGAAUGAUGUCUAAUGUUUAUCACAAAAUUUUAAAGUACCUUGGAAUAAAUUCAUGGCUUUGUGAAUGUAAAGGUAAAUAUAGCAGCAGGACUUAUAAGUAUAUAGCCAUGGAACAUUCUGACUUGGUAUCAGAAAUGGUGCAUGUAGAGAGGUUAACAACGCAAGAGAGAUUGCACCUGGCUCGACACAGAAGGCUUCAGCAAUUGAAAGUAUGGCGUCAGCGUGAAAAAGAAUGGCUGCGACAUCAAACUAGGCACCCAAGCAACAAACGUCAUAUAUUCUUUAAUGACAGUGUUAUGCUUUUAGAGGCAGCAGCAAGAAAUGACAUUGAUGAAGUGAGACGGCUUUUAAAAAAAGGAGUAAAUCCAGAUUCAACUAAUGAAGAUGGACUUACAGCUUUGCAUCAAUGUUGUAUAGAUGAUAAUGAAGAGAUGAUGAAGCUGUUAAUUGAGUUUGGAGCAAAUGUUAAUGCAGAAGAUAGUGAGAAGUGGACCCCAUUACAUGCUGCCGCUACUUGUGGUCACCUACAUUUAGUUAAAUACCUUAUUGCUAGAGGUGCUAAUCUGUUAGCAGUUAAUGCUGAUGGCAAUAUGCCUUAUGAUAUUUGUGAAGAUGAAAAAACAUUGGACUGCAUUGAAGGGGAAAUGGCAAGAUGGGGCGUAACUCAAGAAUUGAUAGAUGAAACAAGAGCAUCAAUAGAAGUUCAAAUGUUGAGAGAUCUACAGCAUGUAGCUACUGUAGGUGGUGAUCUUGAGUAUAAAGAUCAUCAAGGUGCUACUCCACUUCAUAUUGCAGCUGCCAACGGUUACUUAAGGGUAGUAGAAUUUCUUUUGGAUCAACAUGUUGCAACAGAUGUUGAAGAUAAUGAUAAGUGGCAACCAGUGCAUGCAGCUGCAUGUUGGGGUCAUCUAGAAGUUCUUGAGUUACUAGUGCAAAAUGGAGCAGACUUAAAUGCAAAAAAUAAACAUGACGAGACACCAGCGGAUAUUUGCGAAGAUCCGGAGAUAAGAGAGAGGAUAGUAGAACUUAAAACGGAACAAGAGAGUAAGCGGUUGCGGGAAGCACAAGGAAGAAGAGUGCGCAGAUCUCAAAGUAUAAAUACACGCACGCAAAGUGUAAGACGAACUUCAAUUAGAGACAAAGUUUUGACGACCAAGAAGGAUGCUCAAGAAGAAGCUCGGCUCAGAUUACAAGCACAACAGACAUACGUUGUCAGUGCAACUGCGAAUGUGCCUCAAACGGAAAACGAUAUUAAUGCACGAGAAAAUUCAAGUAGCGAAAUAGAUUCUAAUGCCCCGCCAAUGGCAGUACGAAAAGCUCCUGAGGGGAAGGAUAAUGAAUCUUUUCUUCGUGAGGACGUCGAUAAAGAAUCAGUUUUCUAUGUCACAUUUCUAUUCCUUUGAACGUACUUUUGAAUGCAGCGUUUACAUUAUUUUCAAACUUUACACAUUAUCGUAUGUUUCAAGAUAUUGAUUCAUACAUAACAUGUUGGACCAUCUGUAUGUUGUGUGCAUACAUAAUGUGUUUUCCUCUUUGAGAAUACUUUUCUGAUAUGGAGACUUCAAUAUUGAGACAUCAAGUUGUUUGUGCCAAGGGUUGCGUUGGACUCGCUUUUCUCUUAGCACUAUUUUUUCCAAAUACAUUGAUUAGCGUUUAGCAGAGCUUAUUGACUGCUAUAUGUAAGAAAGCAUUGCGAUAAGUUUUAAUUAAAACGAAGUUUUUGUAACGUGAUUUUGUACUUUCCAACAUUUCAGAAUCGAACUUUAACGCACAUUUACAUUACACAAGUUACAUCUUCCAAGUAUAUGAGUAGAAUUAGGACAACUCUUGCAUACAGUUCGAGUAUCUUGCCCUACAUUAAAAUUUUGAAGUAAAUCAAUAACUAGAGAUGUAGCACACUAUGAUAAUGAGAUUUUCAAUUUUUCAUUCUGAAGUUAAAAGAUUGAAUAAAGUUGAGACUACGUUGCAAUACAGCCAUAAUAAAUAUUCAACGAGCACUUCACGUAUACUUAUUACAUAUCAUAAUGAAGAUUGUUAAUGAAAUGAAAAAGUAUGUCGCGUACGAAACAUAUCGAACAGCUCUACUAUUUAUGUUAGGUCUGUAGAGAAGUUCUAUCAUUUACAAAUUUAAAAUUGCUUUGUGCUGCAAUCAUUGUACUUUGUAUAAUUCAAACAGUUUUAAAGUAAUUAAUACUGGCUACACAAAAAAAUGAUAACUUUCCUGUUCCUUCGUUAGUGGUAAUCAUUACAAUACAUGUAUGACUGUUAAUCCUAUUUGUAAUGAAUACUUUUUUUUAACAUUUGCAAUGCAGAAUUUGAUUUAGAAAAGUUCUCUUGCUUAAAAUUUUAUUUUUAUUCUAAUUAUGAUUGUGUGGUGUAUUAACUGUUACACUAACUUACAUAAUUAAAAAAUAACAAAAACCGAUAACUUCUUGGCAGACUUAACGAAUUGGUUGCGCUAACGACGAACUGUAUUCAUUCAUUGUUAGUUCCUUACUCGCGCAAUGUGUCUUCCUGUCUUUUAAUUUUAUCUCUAUACGAUAAAAUCGUUACGAGGUCAGUUGUGUCACCGCAUUAAAUUAUUUCAUGUUGUUAAUACCAUAUAAUCAUUGAAUUGAUACAAACUCCACAUCAAAUCGAUCAAACUCGUUCAACAUUUUUAUUGUAAUUGUCAAUUAAAUUUGUCUUAAUUGAAAACUAGAAAAUAAUAUAACUUAAGUGAUUUAUACUUAAUUUUAUAAGUUAGUGUGAUUACAACUGACUUACUUACUUAAACUUUUGUAUGCUAUAGAAAAGUAAAUUUGUAAACUUUAGAUAAGCAAGUUUAGUUUAUUAUCAUUAGAAAGUUUGAUAAAAAGUAUAACUGUUAAAGCACAUUGACAUUGAAUCUAUGGUUAAUUUACUAUUUCUAAAAAUGUUUUUAGUCCGUUAAAUUGUACUAUUUAUAAUUCUUGUUGUUAUGUUUUAAUAAAUUUUAUGAGUUAAAUUGGUAAAA